AUGGCGAUGACGAUGACUGGCCGUGUGCUGCUGGUGUGUGCCCUCUGCGUGCUGUGGUGCGGUGCGGCGGUGGUGGAGUCGGUGGCGAAUGAUGUUGUCGAUGGCGGAGUAAAGGAGGGUCCAUUGGGAGGUUCACGGUCUGAUUCUGGAGACGAAAAAGCAGGAAACCCGGAAUUAUCGAAGCCAGUCGAUGAGGGCUUAGGGUCCGCGGGUCACUCGUUGGAUACACGAUCAGGCACUAACGUCAGUGAGCAAGGGAACCUGGUCAAAGAACCACCAACAGGGAAUGUUGGGAAGGAAGAAGUAGAAGGAAAAGGCCUCGGAACACAACGCAAUGAAGUACAUGAACAGCAAGUAGAAGCGGAAGGCGAAGAAAUAACGGUGACACACAAAUCUCAAACAAAGGAUAAAGGAACACUACCACAAUCAACACCACCGACGCCAGCACUAAUGCAAGGAUCACCGAGAACGCCAGGACAACCAAAAGAAAAUUCGCAAAAAUCAACAGGGCAGUCACCAACGCUAAAAUUACCACCAGCAAAAUCGCCAUCACAAGCAUCCGGUGUCGGUGAAGCCGAUGGUGGUUCCGUUGGAAUUGAAGGUACCGGUCGAAAUGUUAGUGGUGGCAGUCUUGUUGGUGCUAGUGAAACUUCCCUUGUUACUGGUGAGGCCAUUAAAGAUCCUAAAGGAAGUGAAGGUCCCGUUUCCGGGCCACCUUCCGGUGGUGCUUCUUCAUCUACCAUUUCCAACAAUGGAGACGCUUCACGGAAUAAUGGCGGUGCACCAUCCACUCAGGACACGAAAUCUUUAAAAAACAAUGAGCAGUCAGGGCCAACAAUAUCUUCAGGGAACGCACCACUCAACAGGGAGACACCGGAGACGUCAACACCCGAUGCAAAACAGCACUCCUCUGAAACACAAGAAAAUGAAACGAGUCGAGUUGCUGACGGGGAUGCAAAUUACCGCGCCGCGGGGCAGAGUGCCGUGGGGACGAAAGGCUCUUCCGGCGUAUCGACUACCGCCAAAAACGCACCAACACCACCAACAGCGACAGUAACGGGAGCGCCGGCAGAAAAACCAACUGCAGAACGAUCACCACCACCGGCAGAUUCAACAACAGGAGAAGGCCUAGCAGCAACAACAACAGCCCAAACGAAUGAUACGACGAAGUCUGGCGACAGCGACAGCAGCACCGCGGUCUCCCACAGCACCUCCCCUCUUUUGCUUCUUCUUGUUGCGUGUGCGGCUGCUGCUGCGGUGGUGGCCGCGUGA